AUGCCGCCGCCGCCGCCGGUGCUGAUGGAAGAGCUCCUCGAGGAGGUCUUCUUCCGCCUUCCGCCGGACGAGCCCGCCUGGCUCGUCCGCGCCUCCGUCGCCUGCAAGCCAUGGCGCCGCAUCCUCGCCGACCGGGGCUUUCGCCGUCGCUACCGCGAGUUCCACCGGACACCUCCCGUCCUGGGAUUCUUCGAAAAGGGCGGCGCCCGCCUCGUCCCCGUCGCCUCCCUCUUCCCUGCCCAGGCCGACCAUCCCGACUGGCAUGUCAUGGACUGCCGCCACGGCCGCGCCCUCUUAGCCUACAUCGGGAAGACCGAUGACCUCAUCGUGUUGGACCCCAUGACGGGCCACCAGCGCCGCGUGCCCUCGCCUUCGAACAAUCUGAUCGGCUUCACUGCGGCGGUGCUCUGCGCCGCACAAGGCUGCGACCACCACGGUUGCCAAGACGGGCAUUUCCUUGUGGCCGUUGUGUGCCCCAAGAAGCUUGAGGAAAUCACAUUGGGCUGGCUGUACUCAUCUGAGACUGACCUCUGGACGGAGUUCGCCUCUGUUCAUCGCCCCAAUGCCAAUUAUUUCUCUAACAUGGAUGCGCCUGGCGUCCUUGUGGGCGAUGCACUCUACUUCAACAUUGAUGGCGUCAUUGAAUGCCAGCUUGGUACACUAAGCUUGUCAACGUUGGAGAAGCCGAUCGAUGGCAAUGGGACUCUCAUGAUGGCGGAAGAUGGCAGGCUGGGAUACGCUGCCGUGGUUGAUGUCACAGAUCUAACCCUGUGGUCGAGGGAGGCUGGACCCGAGGGAGCCAUGGGAUGGACAAAACUCAGGGUAAUCGAUCUUAAGACGCUACUCCCUGAUGGUGCCCUCUUUAUCACAACACAAUAUGGGAUCAGUAGGUCGCCGCGUUCAUUGAUGAUUAGUGGGAUCGCAGAGGGCACCCAAGUCAUUUUUGUGAGCACAUGGGUUGGUUCCUAUAUGGCCGAUCUCAAGUCUGGGCGAGCCAGGAUGGUCUCUCGUCCCGGCAGAAAAGUCUUCCCGUACAUGAGAUUCUACCUCCAGCAAUGGAAGCAGCUUCCACGGGUCAGGGGUAAUGAGCUGGUGUUUCAAGUGUUUGUCAAGCUCUAG